CGGGCAGCCCCGGGCCGGGUGUCACGUCAUCAGUUGUGUGUUAUGGAGCCGCGUGGAUGAAGCGCAUCUGCAACAUUGUAACUGAAUAUUGAAUAACAUUCAAUAAAAGUGGUGAAUAUGGCCAAGCUGCUGUGUUUGAGCUCUUUGCUCUGCCUUUUUGCUCUACUGUGCUUCACCGUGCUGGUGCAGGGAGACAGGCUGAGUCAGGACAUCAGAUGUGGAGCAUGCAGAGCAUUGGUGGACGAGAUGGAGUGGGCCAUAGGACAGGUAGACCCCAAGAAAAUGAUUAAAACCGGUUCAUUCAGGAUCAAUCCGGAUGGCACCCAAUCUACUAAAGAUGUUCCGUAUGCACGUUCAGAAGGCCAUCUCCUCGAGGUAAUGGAGGGGGUGUGUGACAAGAUGAAGGAUUACGGCGAGACCAUGGAUCCUACUACGAACCGUAAGAUUUAUGUGAGGUUCAUGGCACGUGAAGGCACGUCCCCUGACAUUUCAAACGUCUCAUAUGACUCGAGAGUCACGGCCAACCUAAAGUUCGCUUGUGAAACCAUCGUGGAGCAGAACGAGGAUGAAAUCAUUGAAUUCUUCUCUCAUGAGACAGACAAUGUUAAAGACAAACUCUGCAGCAAGAGAACAGAUCUGUGUGACCACGCGCUGAAGAUACCUCAUGAUGAGCUUUAACAUCGCGUCACACUCUUUCGUCUUCUAACACCACGUCACAUGCAGCGGGAUUAGAUUUUAGCACAGAUUAAGUGAUGUUCUGGAUUUCAUUUGAACAGGUUUUAGAUUUCAGUGCAUUUGAUGAAAGGUUUUGUGCAGAGCGUGUGUUUAUUUUGAGCGCUGUAAACACACGACUCACGCUGACGCUGGCCUGAUCAUGAUGCUGAAACUGCAUCGAAGGGAACAUGUGACCAUCUACACACAGUCUCCUGCUUUGUGUGUCACACAAAGCCAUCCUGAGGAAUUACUUGCAUUUGAUCAAUUUCCUUCUCUCCGCAUGUCAAACAGCAGUAAAACAGUCGCACACAGGAUUUCAGUUUUAUUUUUAUUACCUGUUAUUUAAGGUCACAUGUGUCCCUAUGUUUGUGAGUUUUUUUCAUCUCGAGAUCCAAAUUUUGUACAACUCAAUGCUCUUGUUUCUUGUCUGAACUAUUUGUCAUGUAUUUUUGAUAAACAUGUUUUCACGA